GUCUUCAGUAGUCUUAAUUUAUGACAUUUGAUUUAUUUUGUUAAGAUAAAUAGAAAUAAACUAAAUGUUAUGGCGCAGAUCAGUCCUAACUUACACUGUAGAUAGACUUUUGUUGAAUUUUCAUGAAAUUUGAUUUUUGAAAUGGGAGGUUUCGAACUCAAGAAUGUUAAUGGUGAAUUGCCAGGAAAAAGCUCAGAGAAACAAAUGGACGUUACUGGGGGAGUCAGUGUGGGGGAUCGAACAUGGCGCCACUGGCUUCUUGGAAUUGUUGUAUUUCUUUACUUCACUGGAUUGAAUAUGGGACUUUUUAUUAUUGGACAAUACGUCUAUAGAAGGAUUCAGAUUGAAACAUAUCCUAAUAAGACUUUUGAGACUGGCAUAUCAUAUUGUAUUAAUUCGCCAAAUGUGAGUCUAGCUGCUCGUAGACGUUUGGCACAUGUGCAGGAGGACGCAGCCGGUUAUAAUCUGAUUUUCAACACAAUAUCAUGUGUCCCUUCUAUAGCUGUUAAUAUUAUAUUUGGAUCCUACACAGACAAAUUUGGUCGAAAAUUCCUUAUGAUUAUCGCUAUGACUGGAGCUUUACUUCGCGUUUUAAUAUGUGUACUAGGAGUCUAUUCUUCUAUGAAUCUAUAUCUUUUUGGUAUUGUGUUCGGCGUCGAAGGCAUCUGUGGUCAGGCCUUUGCAUUGCUUCUUGCUAGCUAUGCAUAUGUUUCUGACAUAACACACAGGAAAAAUCGUGCAAUAGGCAUAGUCCUAAAUGAAGCUUGCGUCGGACUAGGGAUUUCCGUUUCGACUCUAAUCGGUGGUUAUUUUCUACAAGCUUAUGGCUUUAAAAGCCCAUUACUGGUGUCGGCAGGUCUUCUUGUUGUUGCUAUCUUGAUAACUGUGUUUCUGUUACCAGAAUCAUAUCCAAAGGAGAAACGCCGGGUAUCUUCAGAGCGAUGCAAUAAUCUGCGGCAAGCGGUGGAGUUUUACUACGCUUCCUGGAAUGAUGGACUUCGGCUGAAAUAUAUAAUCUCUAUUCUUGUUUUCUUUUUCACAAUGGUGACAGUGUUAGGUCGCUCAAGCAUUGAAACUUUGUAUCAGCUAAAUGCGCCGUUUUGUUGGACGCCACAAAAGCUGGGACUCUUUAGCUCAUUAAGGACUUUACUGCUUCAAGUCGUUGGCAUGAUUUCCAUUGCCUUAUUCAAGUUAUUUCUUGAUGAUGAUUCUAUAGCUAUCAUUGGAAGUAUUUCAUUUGCUGCUAGUUUUAUUACUGAGGGGCUUGCCAAAAACGACGUUAUGAUCUAUAUAGUCACAGUGGUAGGUUCCCUGGGAAUGUUAACAGUUCCAAUGAUCCGUAGUAUUAUGUCUCGGAUGACCAGUCCGGACAGACAAGGAGCUCUGGCAGCUAGUAUAUCUGUUGUGGAAACAUCGUGUCACUUAUUUUCCAACGUUAUGUUGAACGCCAUUUACCGGGCUACAGUGGCAGAAACACGCGGUGCUACAUUCUUUGUGAUGUCCUCUUUCAACUGUACCAGCUUUCUUUUGCUUUUGUUCCUGAAGUUUGGAUCACGAAAGAAAGAAGAAGAACUUGAAGAACAAAUGGCAAAAGUCCGUCCAAUAUCUUACAUAGACAAGACAAAUUUAUAGAGAUGUAACAUACAAAUCCGUUUGGGUUUUUUUCGUUUUUUUUUCAUGAAUUAUACCAGUUCUUACAAUACACUCUUCGUACUAACACAACAUCGCCUCAGAAAUUGUAAUAUAUCAACUUCAUACUAUUUUUUAUCAAAUUUACACAUCCUGAACCCUUUUCAAAGAUGUUUUCAGAUCCUAUCUUUGUAUUUCUGAGUGUGUGUAUUGCAUACGUUUGUAUAAGUUUAUCAGGGAAAUAAGUACAUGUACUGAUAAAACAAAAUUAUUAAUCGUGUUUUAUUAUUAUGCAGUUUUGUGUUAUCGGUCUUCCGCAUUGAUUUUGUUCUUCCAAUGCUGCGUACUUUCAAAAUAUUUUAUUGCUGAAACGUUAAAUUCGUCACAUGGAAAAGUAAACGUUAUAACGUCACAUCACAACGCACACUUCCCAAGGACAGCCUCGGGACUCACUUAGUCAAUUGAUUGUUGUUGCCCAUUUAAGGGGGGAAUGAUAUACGUCAGCUCGACAAAUAACCACAAGGACAGUAAAUAUUGCAAUAUAUAACAGAAAGACAUGUCUCUAGUUAUUCAUUCUGUCCUAUUAAAUGCAGAAGGUUGUGUACUGCGACCUAGGACAUCCUGUUGUAUUUUAAUGAAUUCAAAACGUUAUUAAAGUAGUAUUUAUAGUAUGUCAUAUAUAAUUGCGGAAAUUAAAAAAUAAGUUUAAAUUUUAAUAUUUUCUACUGAAAAUAAAUAUGUGGUUUCGUAACAAUAACUAGAUAUGCUGCCAAAGGACGAUGUUAUUGCACUAAAAUAUUAAAGACCGUAUUUACGUCAACGACAGACCUGGUAUUUAUAUUACAAAGACGCUAUGAAAGCAUAUGCUUGUAAAUGAGUACUGGUGUAAUUGCUUUUGCCUCUCUAGCGUUAUAUUAACCAUGUAUUCUAUCAAGGUGAUUACUAUGUGUGAGUUAAAAGAACAAAUACCGCAUACAAACGCGUUUUAUGAAGUAAUAAAUCAAAUACAAAACAAAUAUUACGCCAUGGUGGUCCACAUUUUCUGAUGGGUAUUAUAUGUGUUGAAAAAUAGCUACAAACUAUGGCAUAAAAUACAAUUCAACAAAAUGAAUACCGCAAACAGAAAUAGAUGUAAACAGUAUAUUAGAGAGAACAAAGAUACUUGAAUAACUAGAACAAAUAAACACCACUUAAAUGUUCAUUUGUUAUUUAUUAGUCCGUCAGAUGAAUUCAAAAAAUAAGGGUUUUGUUGCGCACAAGAAGUGUACCUCAAAUUAUAAGUUUGGUUGGAAUGGAAAUUUAAUUGACUAUCAAGAUUAUAUGCAUGGAAAAUGUGGUGGUAUGUUUACGACACGUACUUGUAUUUUUUAGAUUAAAUUAUCUCAAGCGCUCUACAUAAUAUGUCGUACGCUGGAAAUAAGAUGAUGUGCGCUCGAAAUAAGACGUCAUACGCCCGAAAUCAGAAGUCGCACGCUUACUAUAACAUGUCAUGCACUCAAGAUAAAAUGUCGUACUCUCGAUAUAAGAUUGUCGUAAGCUCGAGAUAAGAUGGCGUGCGAUCAAAGUAAGAUCUCGUGCUCUCGAAAUAAGAUGUCGUUCGAUCAGAAUAAAAUGUCCUGUACUCGUGAUAAGAUGUCAUGCGGCGCUCGAGUUAAGAUGUCGUGCGAUCAAAAUAUGCAGUCUUGCACCCGAAAUAAGAUGUCAUGCGCUAGAUACAAGAUGUCGAGCGCUCGGGAUAACAUUGCGUGACAGGUACAACUUACUCCUGUAUUAAGCCACUAAUUGCAUUUCAUCUCGCGGGUUAUAAUUACAUAUUAACAAAAUUCAUUUGUACAGCGUGUUUUUUCAGCAUUUUUCAGGACAGGUUUGGUAGAACUGUAUGAAUUAUUAUAACACUCUUGUCUUCUGUAUACAGAAGCGAUCAACACAAUCUAAGACUUUACUUAUAUUUAGUACACGAAAUAUAGCAUAACGCAAACAUUCAUGUUCUUUACAGGCAGAAAUUUAUGAAAACAACAGGUACAUGAUAGAAAUGAUUUAU